AUGUCGGUCAUUUUCACAGCUGUUUCUCAGGACAAUCCAGUUCGGAGACAAGAUGUCCAGAAAGUCUUGGGUCAAAUGGGUGUCUCUCUUGACCCGGAAGAAGAGAAUGAUUUCCACGCACUGCUUGCAGCUGUUCAUGACUGUGCAGAGGAAAUUCAACAACUACCAGACUACCAACCUGUUCCAGACAGAGGCCUGUAUCCAAGAGAAGAUAUACAUCGCCCAUCUAAAGAAGAGCAGGUUUUCGGACAAGCCUGGGCAAACAAAUUUCUUAUACGAGGCACCACUAAAGCUGGGUUUCUAACCGGCAAAACUAUCUGUCUCAAAGACAUCGUUGCAGUCGCUGAUGUCCCUCAGAUAUAUGGAACUGAUAUUUUCCCACCAUGGACACCCACCACAGAUGCAACUGUUGUCACGAGAGUGCUUGAUGCUGGCGCUAAUGUGGUCGGGACAACUACUUGCGAAAAUAUGUGUCAUUCAACAUCCUCCUUCACAAGCGCCCAGGGGACAGUUCAUAACCCGUUUGCUACUGGAUAUUCGGCCGGAGGAAGCACAUCCGGAGGCGCUGCAAUCGUCGGCGGUGGCCUUACAGAUAUUGCGAUCGGCACCGACCAAGGUGGUAGCAUCCGAAUUCCUUCGACCUUUUGUGGAUGUGUUGGAUUCAAGCCGACGCAUGGAUUAGUACCGUACACGGGCAUUAGCAGUGGUGAUGCAAUUGAUGAUCACGCUGGUCCCAUUGCUAAGAGCGUGCUUGAUGCAGCACUUUGCCUUGACUCAAUAAGCGGAUAUGACGGAAUUGAUGAUCGAUGCUUGGGUGCGCCGGCACACGGCUCAACGACCUAUGCUGCGUCCAUGCAAGCACAGCAUGGCUUAUUGGACGGUUUUAAGAUCGGCAUCCUUGUGGAAGGUUUCAGCCAUCCUAUCGUAGACCAGAGGGUUAGGCAGGUAGUCCUUGAGGCGGCCUACAAGUUUAAGAGUCUUGGUGCGACAGUUGAUGAGGUGUCGAUACCUGAUCACUUACGCGGCCCAGGACUUUGGACGAUUCAGCAGCGCAUUGCGGGAUCACAAAAUCUUCUUGGACAUCAACACGGGAGGAGAGGCUUGUAUCUUACUGAGUUGGAGCAAUGCCGGCUGCCCUGGACUACUGAGAGUUUCAGAAGGGGAUUUGCAGCCACCAAGAAUGUUAUUAUCAACGGGCUAUAUCUUGCCGACCGUUUUCCGGGUCUUUAUGGCAAAGCUACUAACUUGGGACGACAGCUUCGAGAUGCAUACCAGAAAGUAUUUGAGCAAUAUGAUGUGCUUCUCAUGCCCACGGCACCGAUUGUAGCACCAAGACACGGGGAGAAGGGAUCGCCGAUAGAAGCUCUCAAACCCAGUAUGGGUAUCACCAUAAAUACUGCGGUAUUCAAUGUCACUGGUCACCCAGCCAUGACUAUUCCUGUUGGCUUCGCGCCAUCGAAUGAGGCGCCUCAUAUAAACCUGCCAGUGGGCAUGCAGAUUGUUGGUGGACUUUGGAAGGAAGACAAAAUCCUUCGUGCUGGAUACGCAUGGGAGAAGGCGUUCGAUUGGAAGAAAGAGGUUCUAAAUUAG